AUACAUUAUUUUGUAAAAUUUAUCUAUACCUCAGGCGAUCCGGAACCGACCGUGACUUGGUUCCGUGACAAUAUUGAUGUGUCCAAAUGUCCUGAUUAUGACAUCACAAUCAAAGAUGGUGUAUGUUGUUUAAAAAUUGAGGAAGCUUUUCCCGAGGAUGCUGGCAAGUUUAAAGUGGUGGCUGAGAAUGCCAUUGGAAAAGCAUCAUCGACUGCCAACCUGCUGGUUGAAGAAUUGAAAGAGGCACCAGAAUUCAAAAAACGACUAGAUAACUAUGAGGUAAAUGAGGGUGAUCGUGUUGAGAUGGAAACAAUUAUUAGGGGAUAUCCACGACCAAUGGUUCGAUGGUACCACAAUGGUGAGGAGAUCAAGUCCUCAAUUGACAUCAAUAUAACACAAACUGGAAACACAAACAAACUCACAAUCCCUGAAGUGUUUGAAGAGGAUGCAGGCGAGUAUAUUUGUAAAGCAGAAAAUGCUGCUGGAGUGGCCCAAUCCAUCGCUGAACUUACAGUUAAACGAGUAGUAAUUGAGAAACCAACAGUUGCUGUAGACUCCAAGCAAGAUGAAGGAGCAGCAACAGAUAGGUCAGUUAUACAAAAACCGACACCAGGCAAAGUGGAUAGAGUACAGCCACCAAAACCUAAAGUUUCACCGCCAGUCUCAUCAAAUUUAGCAUUGUCUGCUACAUCUCAAACUGCUCCAGCAUCUGAUGUAUCAGCAUCCUCAAAACUAAAGCCUCAAGGCUCACCCAAUUUACCACCACCUAAGUGGACUCCCCCAGUUCCACCAAGUGUAAAAUCACCUAAAAAGACUCCCCCAGCUCCAACAAAUGUUUCACCACCUAAAGUGACACCGUCAGCUCCGCACAACGUAGCAUCACCCAAGAAAAUACCCUCAGCUCCAUCAGCUAAAAACAUGCCCCCAACAUUUACAAAGCUUUUACAUGAUGUCACUUGUGACGAAGGCAGUCAGGCAGAACUGACAUGUCACGUUACAGGAAGACCCGAGCCAGAAGUGAAAUGGAGACGUGAAGGAGAACGAAUAGAACCAUCAUUAGAUUUUGAAAUCUUUUACAAGGAUGGUGAUGCCACUCUCACAAUACCUGAAGUAUUUGUUGAUGAUGCUGGCAGAUUUACCUGCUCGGCAUCAAACACAGAAGGUGAAAGGUCAACAUCAUGUAUUUUAACAGUAAAAGCUGCGGACAUACCAGAAAUGAAGGGUAUGAAGAUAAAACCAACAUAUGAUGCUAUAAGGCAUCCAGACCACCAUAAUUUACUUGCCCCAUGUUUCACCAAACCACUUCAGCCUGUGAAGCUUGUGGAAGGUAUGAGGGCUCGAUUUGAAUGCCAAGUUGAGGGCUACCCAGUUCCAGAAAUAGUUUGGCUCAUGAAAGGCCUACCAAUUGCUCAUGGAUACAGAUUCAUAAUGAAACACAAUGAGCAGUCUGGACAGUGUAGCCUAGAGAUUACAAUGGCCCUUAGAGAUGACAUUGGUGAAUUUACUUGUAUUGCAAAAAACCAGGCUGGACAAACAACUACCACUUCACCACUUCUUCCUGAAGUGGCCUACAAUCGUUGGUUCAAAGAACAAGAACUUGAACGAGAGAGAAAAGAACGAGAGGAACAGCGAUUAGCACAUGCCCUUGAGAUGGAAAAGCAAAAAUAUAUGGCCACCCAACCACAAACUGAUCACACUUUUGUUGCCUCAGAACCAGAGGUACCAGUAAACCCAUUUCAGAAACGUCUCAUGUCAGAGGUAGCAUUCAGGGAACGUAGCUCGAGCCAAGACCGUAUAAUAGUACAUGAUAAAGACCAGGGAGUGAAAUUGUCGCCAUUUGAAAGGCGCCUAAUGACCGAAGUGUCAUACAGAGAACGUGUUACAGGCGACCACGAUUUAGAGCGUGCUCACAUAGCAGUUGAUAAGGAAUACAUGGUUUCCCCUUUUGAAGUCCGACUUGCUAAAGAGAUAUCGUUUCGUGAUCAUAGCUUGGGUGUGGACACUGCAGAUCACCCUGCUGCAGCCCCAGUGGCUUUUGAUAUUGAAGCAUUUGAGGCUGAACUUCUCAACGGAUCAAAGUUUGGUAUUAAGGAUGGUAACAUAACAGAGACGGAUACAGAGACAGAGUUCACAGAAUCAGAAUUAGAGACUGACACCGACAGAAUUUCUGCUCCGAGAUUUGUGAAGGAAAUGAAGAACAUCCAGCUAAUGGAAGGCUCACCAGUAACUCUUAGCUGCAGGGUCAGUGGUCGACCCAGACCAAUGAUUCAGUGGUUUAAAGAUGGUUAUAUUGUGAGAAAAUCACAGAGGUUGGAGUUACGUCAAACAGAAGGGUUCUGCUCACUAAGAAUCAACAUGGCUCUUCCCAGCGACUCGGGACACUACACAGUGCUUGCUACCAACACUGCUGGAAAAGCUGUCUGCUCCUCACGGUUGCUUGUCAAAGGGUCAAAGGGUGAUGAUAGUCCCCAACAUAUGAAAGGCAUUAUGGGAGCAAGAGUUAAGAUGGAAAGUCAAGAAUACAACAUGCCAGACAGAGCAUUUAUAGAGGGUGAAGUAAAGGAGAAGUAUUACAGACCAGCAUUCAAGGAGAUUCCCCAGGAUUUGAUAGUAGUUGAAGGCAAGGUUGCUAGAUUCAACUGUAAAGUGACCGGUCGCCCACCACCAGAUUUUGAAUGGCUACUCAAUGGACAACCAGUACGAUUAGACAGAAACCAUCAGGUAAUAAUUAAUGAAGGUGGCAUCAACUCUCUUGUGAUUUACUAUACCGCUCCUGCUGAUGCUGGAGUUUAUACCUGCACUGCCAAGAAUCGUGCAGGCCAGAACCAAUUCAGUGUUAACUUGAAUGUUGAAGCCAAAGCAAGAAUGGUUGCACCAUCUUUUAUAGAUCGUAUCCAGAACGUAGCAGUCAAAGUAAAUGAACCGGUGACGAUGCAAUGUAAAGUGACAGGUACACCAGUACCAACCGUUUCUUGGCAAAAAGAUGGCCAUUUUAUCCAUCCCACAGAUACACACUACAUUACAGAAGUUAAAGAUGGCGUUUGCACCUUGCAUAUUGAUGCAGUGCAACGAUGGGAUUCAGCAUGGUAUAGCUGUACGGUGCUUAACUCAGCAGGUAGAACAUCAUGCAGAGCUAAGCUGAUUGUCCAUGUUGAUAAACGUCCCUCUUCUGAGCCCAGGCAGUUGAUCAUUCCAAAGAGAUCACCUGCUUUACCGUGA